GGCGGCUGUCCAGACCAGAGCCCGCCGCAACCACCACCCCUUCGGGUGGUGGUGUGGCGACACCCGGGGUGAGGGUCACUCCUCCUCCUCUUCCUCCCCCCAAGUCCAUUUUCAGGGACUGCCGCUCCUGCCCCUCCCCCUCUUCAUUUUUCUCCCCAAGUAAAACUUCCUGGCUGGCUGCGCCUCGGCGGCCCGCCGGAGGGAAGGCGAGGAAGCGAGCCGGCGAGGAGCCUCCGCGAGUACACCUCCGUGUUUGUGUGUGUGUGUGUGGGUGUGAGAGAGCGAGAGAGAAUGGCGGACCUCUCCUUCUCCCCUGUCUCUUCAGCCAGCAGCUGGAGGAGCUGUCAAAACUUCCUCUCAGCUGCCCUCAGCCAGCCUUGGCCUCCGCCUUCUCCUCCUCCUCUCCUCCUCCCCCGGGGUGGGGGGAGGGCACAGGGCCAGCCAGCAACGUACGACGAAGCGAGAGCAGCCGCCUCAGCAGCCGGGCAGGCGAGGAGGAGUCGCUGCCUGGGGCCGCCGGGGCCUGAGAGGAGGAGGAGGAGAAGAAGGAGGAGGAGUGGGGGGUGGUGGUGUGGGGGUCGAACUUGGGAGCCGGGUUCUCCUCAGAGGCGCGCGCGCGCUACACUCUACACACACGAACACCCCCACCCAGAGUCGGUGGUGCGCGACCGCGUGUGUGUGUGUGUGUGUGUGUGUGUGGAGGGGGGUAUCGGCGUGUCGUCCCCUCGCCUUCCUGCCGCCGCCGCCACCACCUCCUCCGCCCUCUCUCAGCCCCGAAAGGGUCUAAUUGCGUGUGACUUGAGGCGGGUUCUGCUCUCUCCUCCUCCUCCCCAUGCUGCUACCUGCGCGCUGGUCCGCGGCGGCUGAGGCCAGCAAUGCGAGGCGGAGGUAGAAGAGAAGGAGGCGGCGGCGGCGGCGGCGGCGAAGGAGCAGCAGCAGCAGCAGAAGGGGGACAGAAGCAGCAGCAGCCAGCGGAGCAGGAGGAACGUCGGGAUCACCAGCCGCCUCCUCACCCCCAGCUCCGUCCUUCCUCCUCCUCCUCCUCCUCCUCCAUGUGUCUCUCUCGUCCUGCUGACUAGGAUGUCAACGGAGGAGCAGAGCUUGACGCUGGUGGUGGAGCAGCAGCAGCAAGAGCCGCCGCCGCCACAACUCCCUGAGCCGGGAGCUCCCCCCACGGCAGCAGCCGCCACAGACAAAAGACCUAGGGGCCGGCCUCGCAAAGAUGGCGCUUCCCCUUUCCAGAGAGUCAGAAAGAAACCUCGGAGUAGAGGAAAACCUGCAGUGGAGGAUGAAGACAGCAUGGAUGGGUUGGAGUCUGCAGAAACAGAAAACACUGUGGAAACUGAAGUCAAAGAACAAUCUGCAGAGGCGGAUGCCCAAACUGAAGUGGAUGAUGACAAGAAGCUAACACCAGUUCUUCAGCGCUCAGUGUCUGAGGAAUCUGCAAGCUCCACUGCCUCUGUUGGUGUUGAAGCAAAAACCAGUGAACAGCUCUGCGCCUUUUGUUACUGUGGAGAACGAAGCUCAUUAGGACAAGGAGAACUAAAACAAUUCAUUCCAACACCAGGGUUUAUCACUCCAUGGAACAACCAGCCUUUAAAUAAGAGUGAAACUGGUGAUGGCAGUGACAGCAUUUGUGAGAGUACGCCAAAGCAGAACACAGUCCUGCGCAAAUCAAGAGGACAGAAGAAAGAGACGUCUCAUCAGAGUAUAACGUCUUAUACUUGUACAAGUACUCAAACUACUUCUGAUGAUAAGGUUGUCAAAUUCUGGGAUGAACUCAAAAUGGUUGGCUUACCAGAUGACAUUGAUGUCCAAGCCUUAUUUGAGCCAACAGGUCACUGCUGGGCUCAUAACCGCUGUGCAGAAUGGUCACUGGGAGUAUGCCAGACCGAAGAGCAGCUACCGGUGAACGUGGACAAAGCUGUUGUCUCAGGGAGCACAAAUCGAUGUGCAUAUUGCAAGCACCUUGGAGCCACUAUCAAAUGCUGUGAAGAGAAAUGCACCCAGAUGUACCAUUAUCCAUGUGCUGCUGGAGCAGGCACUUUUCAGGAUUUUAAUAACUUCUCCCUUCUUUGCCCAGACCACAUUGACCAGGCUCCUCAAAGAUCAAAGGAAGAAGCAAACUGUGCAGUGUGUGAUAGUCCCGGAGAUCUCUUAGAUCAAUUUUUUUGUACUACCUGUGGCCAGCAUUACCAUGGGAUGUGCCUGGAUAUACAAGUGACACCUAUAAAACGGGCAGGUUGGCAGUGCCCUGACUGUAAAGUAUGCCAGAACUGCAAGCAUUCUGGAGAAGACAACAAGAUGCUUGUAUGUGAUACAUGUGACAAAGGGUACCACACUUUUUGUUUACAACCAGUUAUGGACUCUGUACCAACAAAUGGCUGGAAAUGCAAAAAUUGCAGGGUAUGUGCAGAAUGUGGCACACGAACCAGUAGUCAGUGGCAUCAUAACUGUCUCAUGUGUGACAGUUGUUACCGUCAUCAAGACAACCUGCCUUGUCCUUUCUGUGAAAAAUCAUCCUAUCCAGAUUUGCCAAAAGAUAAGUUGCAUUGCCAUGUCUGCAAAAGGUGGAUUCACAUAGAAUGUGACAAGCCUCCCGAUAAUGAACUGGAUACUCAGUUAAAAGAAUACACCUGUACUCUUUGUAAACAUUCAGGAGUGGAAGAAAUACAUGUGCAACUGUGUGAUGUAAUGGGGACAACCCAGCUGCUUCCUGAAGCUAGUACAGUUUGUGCAGAUGAAAUGGAAAUAGAAGGUGAUGCAGAACAUGUGGCAAAUGAGGAUCAACUAGUAACUGAUCACGAAUGUACAAGAGAGUCAGCGGUUAGAUGUGUCAUUGAUGGCAUCUCACCAAAUGAAAAGAAUGGUGAGUUGGAAACACAAAUUUCUGAUCAUUUUGGUACAGAAGAAAUGGAAAUAUCUACUAAAAAGACUCUUGAACUUCAUGGUAACCUUGCUGACAAAGAGGUGAAAGAAACAGAAAGUAUUCCAGAUAUAAUACAGCAGGCAUCAAACAAACAAAUGGAGGAAAUGAAACUAUCAGGAAAAAGCACUGAGUUCUUGGAAGUGUCUACAGAGGAAUCUCGGCUUCUGCCUGUGACACCUGAGGACAUAGCAAAAACAUCAGAAGCUUUAAUUUUGGUCAAGAAGGAGAGAACCUCCUGUAAUAAGGAAGAACAGUUAGAGACAAGAGAAGUAUCAGAAGAUGCAGAAGGAGGUGACACUCCCGAAAAUUAUGAAACAUCAUCUCUCCCUGCAAGUGAAAGUUGUGCAACAGAUACUUCACCACUGGAAGACAAAUCUUUAAAAUCACCAGCUGAAACCUAUUCUUCAUUUCCAUCUUCAGUUGAAAUAAACAAGACCAGUGUGUCUUCCUCACCAACAGCUUCUUUAGAGUUAGGCUCUUCACAUGACCUGAUGCGUACUCAGACUUCAUCGCUAGAAUCCUCUGCAACUCUUCCAACAACAUAUGUAUCUCUCACUCCAAAAAUUGGAAUGGGAAAACCAGCUAUCACCAAAAGAAAGUUUUCUCCUGGGAGACCAAGGUCAAGACAGGGGGCUUGGAAUGCCCAUAAUACAGUGAGCCCACCUUCCUGGUCCCCAGACAUUUCAGAAGGUCGGGAAACUUUUAAAUCCAGACCGCUACCUGGCAGUGCCAUAUGGAGCAUCAAAGUGGGUCGUGGAUCAGGGUUCCCUGGGAAGCGGAGACCACGUGGUGCAGGCCUUUCUGGAAGAGGUGGCCGAGGGAGAUCAAAACUGAAGAAUGGAAUUGGAUCUAUCUUGACUCCAGGGGUUACAGAUAUGGACAUUUCAUAUAACAAAGAUGAGGAAGAAAACUCAAUGCAUAAUACUGUUGUUCUGUUUUCUAGCAGUGACAAGUUUACUUUGCAUCAGGAUAUGUGUGUCGUUUGUGGGAGUUUUGGCCAAGGUGCAGAAGGCCGAUUGCUUGCCUGCUCCCAAUGUGGUCAGUGUUACCAUCCAUACUGUGUCAGUAUUAAGAUUACAAAAGUGGUGCUUCACAAAGGCUGGAGAUGCCUGGAAUGCACUGUGUGUGAAGCCUGUGGGAAGGCUACAGACCCAGGAAGGCUGCUCCUUUGUGAUGAUUGUGAUAUCAGCUAUCACACUUACUGCCUAGACCCACCACUGCAGACAGUUCCCAAAGGAAGUUGGAAGUGCAAAUGGUGUGUUUGGUGCAGACACUGUGGAGCUACUUCUCCUGGACUAAGAUGUGAAUGGCAAAAUAAUUAUACACAGUGUGCUCCCUGUGCAAGUUUAUCUACUUGCCCGGUCUGCUGUUGCAAUUAUAGAGAGGAAGAGCUCAUUUUGCAGUGCAGGCAAUGUGACAGGUGGAUGCACACAGUCUGCCAAAACUUAAACACAGAAGAGGAAGUAGAAAGCACAGCAGACAGUGGCUUUGACUGUACUAUGUGUAGGCCAUAUAUGCCACCAGCAAACGUGCCUUCAUCUGAUUGUUCAGACUCAUCAAUUGCAGCCCAGAUUAUAACAAAAGCAAAGGAACUUGACCCACCGAAAACAUACACUCAGGAUGGAGUCUGUUUGACAGAAAUGGGAAUGUCCCAGUUACAGAGCCUCAGUGCUGUGGUACCAAGAAGAAAGCGGACAAAGCCAAAGCUCAAAUUGAAGAUAAUAAACCAGAAUAGUGUGGCUGUUCUCCAGACACCACCUGACAUCCAGUCAGAACACUCAAGGGAUGGUGAGAUGGAUGAUAGUAGAGGAGAUCUAAUGGACUGUGAAGGAAAAUCAGAUACUAGCCCUGAACGGGAAGCUGCAGAUGAUGAUCCUAAGGGAGUAGAAGGAACUGAAGGAAUCAAAAAGCGAAAGAGAAAACCAUACCGACCCGGUAUUGGUGGAUUUAUGGUACGCCAGAGGAGUCGUACAGGACAGGGGAAAACAAAACGAUCUCUCUCCAGGAAGGAUUCUACAGGCUCCGUGUCUGAGCAGAUACCUAGCAAAGAUGAAAGUUGGAGUGAACAGCUUCCAGAUAUACCAGUUGAUGAAUCUACUUCUGUGUCUGAAAAUACAGAAAAAAUUAAAAAGCGUUACAGGAAAAAGAAAAACAAGCUUGAAGAGAUCUUCCCAGUGUACUUGCAGGAAGCCUUCUUUGGCAAAGACCUCCUAGAUACCAGUAGGCAGAGUAAACCAAGUUUAGAUAAUUUACCCGGAGAAAGCCUUAACAUUUCAUGCAAAGAAAAUUUGAGCACAAACUUCUUAGAUCCCUCUUCAGACCCGCUUCUUAGCUCAGCUUCCGCACUAGCUCCAUCAAAACUUGGAACACAAGGUACCUCUGAUGAUCCAUUAGCUUCCCUUGUGCUGAACACUGAUGAUGAUAUUCUUGGAAUACUUUCUGAUGACCUAGUGAAGUCUGGGGAUCAUUCAGGUCUUGAUUUAUGCACUUUCCAGGUUGAGAACUCAUCCUCCCCUUUUGCUGGACUAGAUAUUGGACCGAUCUCUGACGAUCCCACCUCUCUGCCUCCGCAAAGUGUCAGUCAGAGUUCACGGCCAUUGAGUGAAGAACAAUUAGAUGGAAUACUCAGCCCUGAACUGGACAAGAUGGUCACAGAUGGUGCAAUUCUUGGUAAACUGUACAAAAUUCCAGAGCUGGGAGGAAAGGAUGUUGAAGAUCUCUUUACUGCUGUUCUGAGUCCUGUAACCACUCAAUCAACUCCUUUGCCACAACCCCCACCUCCACCUCCGCCACCACAGCUCAUGCAUUUGCACAAUCAAGGGGAUAAUGCAUUUUCAAGAGUUCCACUUAUGAAUGGCCUGAUUGGACCAAACCCCCAUCUCCCUCACACACCUUUGGUUCCUGGAGGCGGAUUAAGCACUUUUUCUACUAUAACACAGCCACCAUACACAGACAGGGACAAAAGCACUGCAUUCAAUGCAGUGAUGAAUGAUCCCACCAGUUCUUGGGUCCCAUCUGCUACGCCAUUGGAAGGUGAAGGUGAUACCAUGUCGAAUGCACAGAGAAGCACUCUGAAGUGGGAGAAGGAAGAAGCACUUGGUGAAAUGGCAACUGUAGCACCUGUUUUGUACACAAAUAUUAAUUUUCCAAAUCUAAAAGAAGAGUUCCCAGACUGGGCUACGAGAGUGAAGCAGAUUGCUAAACUGUGGAGAAAAGCAAGUUCACAGGAAAGAGCUCCGUAUGUGCAAAAAGCCAGAGAUAAUAGAGCUGCUCUACGCAUCAACAAAGUACAGAUGUCUAAUGAUUCAAUGAAAAGGCAACAACAACAGGAUAACAUUGAUCCUGGCUCUCGUAUUGACUCUGAACUCUUUAAGGAUCCAUUAAAACAGAGGGAAUCAGAGCAUGAGCAGGAAUGGAAAUUUAGACAGCAAAUGCGCCAGAAAAGUAAGCAGCAAGCUAAAAUUGAAGCAACUCAGAAACUUGAGCAAGUAAAAAAUGAGCAGCAGCAGCAGCAGCAAUUGCAACAGCAACUUGGGUCCCAACAGCUUUUGAACCAGUCAGGUUCAGACACACCUAGCAGUGGGGUGCAGAGUCCCUUAACCCCUCAAACUGGUAAUGGAAGUAUGUCUCCUGCACAACAGACAUUCCACAAAGAUUUGUUCACAAAGCAGUUGUCUAGUACUCCUACUGCUACUCUUUCUGAUGUAUUCUUAAAACCACAAGCCCCACCUCCACCUGCAACACCAAGCAGAAUGCCUGUUCAGGAUACACAUGCUCAGGCACCAUCACAACAAAUUUUUUCUCCUAGCUCCACUACUAGACCACCUUCUCCAGUUGACCCGUAUGCGAAAAUGGUGGGGACUCCCAGGCCAGCUCCAGUUAACCCAAAUCAGAACUUUAUAAGAAGAAAUUCUGUAACAUCAGUAGAUAUCUGUCCACCCCCAUCACCUAUAUCCAGGCCAGCUCAGGUAUCUGAAGCAACAGGAAGCCGGCCAUCAUCAGCCAGAGAUUCAUGUUCUUUGUCUCCAGUCAGCAAUGACCCUUAUGCAAAACCUCCAGAUACACCGAGACCUAUCAUGGCAGCAGAACCAUUCUCCAAACCUUUGGGGGUUUCAAGAUCACCUCUAAUUGCAGAACCACCAGGGAAAGCAUCUUUAACUGUGGUAAAUGAUCCAUUUACUAAACCAUCUCUGAGAACAGACACAUUUCAAAGAGCCCGGGUAUCUCCUGCUGACUCAUAUACACGACCACCAUUGCCAUCCACUUCUGUUGUUGAGGGAGGUACCGGUCCAUUUAAAACUCCCAUGCGCCCACAGUCCCUGCAAGAACCAUAUGCAUCAGUGCCACCAACUCAAAGAUGCAUGGCUGUGGAUCCCUAUGAACGGCCUGUUUUGACACCAAGGCCUGUGGAUAGUUUUUCACACAAUCAGUCUAAUGAUCCAUACAGUCAGGCUCCUCUGAUGCCCCAUCCAGCAAUAAAAGAAACAUUUGCCCAUCCACAAAGAGUAGGGCGAACCCAGAGUGAUUCUUUUUCUCAAUCUGGAACUGUUUCAAGGGCAACAGCUCAGGAUCCUUAUGCCCAGUCUCCGGGUACUCCCCGGCCAGUCACUGACCCUUAUGCCCAGCCUCCAGGUACUCCCCGGCCUGCUACUGUUGACCCAUAUAUGCAUCAGCCUCCCACACCAAGACCUGCACAGACAACUGACUUAUUUGCUCAGGUUCCAACUAAUCAAAGGCAUUCUGAUCCAUAUGCCCAGCCUCCGGGUACACCAAGACCAGUUAGCAAUGAUCCAUAUUCUCAACCACCAGCAACUCCAAGGCCUGGCAUUUCAGAAACGUACAGUAGACCAACUCUAAUGCCAAAUCGAGAGCCUUAUCUGCAACAGUCACAGAACAGGUCUUUACCUGGAACUUUUAUAAGGCCAUCAGAUCCAUGUUCUCAGUCUCCAAGACCAUCAGGACCUGUUGUGACAGAUUCUUUUAGCCAUGCUCCAACAGUCUCACCUUCUGACCCUUAUGAUCAGCCUCCAAUGACUCCAAGACCUCAGCCAGAAACAUUUGGAACUACUCAGCCUCCCCAUGAUUCUACUGAUCAACAAAGAUCUGGAUCUGAGGGGAACUUUGGUGCAUCGGCAAACUCUUCCAUGAGUUUGAAGGGACAACAGUUUCCUCCAAAUUCUCAAGUUCCUGUCCCAGCACCAACUGCAGCAGCAACAAAUACACAGAACACAAUGUCUCAGGCAGACACAGAGAAACUAAGACAGCGCCAGAAAUUACGUGAAAUUAUUCUGCUGCAGCAGCAACAGAAGAAGAAUGCUGUCCGCCAAGAGAAAGCAUCACAAGAGCCUACCACAGCACCUCAUCCAGGGCCUAUUCAAUCAUGGCAACAAGACAAUUUGAACCAGAUUUUUAACAGGCCUCCUCCUCCCUACCCUGGAAAUAUUAGGUCAUCUAUUGUCCCUCCCAGUGGGCUAAGAUUUGCAGGUUUUCCUGUUGAUGGGCAGUUUAAUAGACCCCAAUUUCCAGGAGAAAUGGGUGGCAUGGGAGUGAGGCCUCAUGGAAUUAGAUUUGGAUUUGCUGGUGGUGGCCAUGGUCCUCCAUCAUGUCAAGAACGUUUUCUUGGUCCUCCACAACAAAUGCAGCGUCCUGGUGUUCCACCACAACUAAGAAGAUCCAUGUCUAUAGACAUGCCUGGACUGCCAAACAAGCCACAAAUGGGUAACCCUAUUGGACUUUCUCAGCACUUCCCACCACAAGGUAUUCAGGUCCAGCAGCACAACAUAAUGGGACAAGCAUUUAUUGAGCUAUGUCACAGAACACCUGAAGUCAGGCCGAGACUACCUUUCAGUUCUUCAACUACAGUUAUGAACACAGUUCCCCAGCAUCAGCAACAUACAGGUUUUGUACCUAGACAAGACUGUCAAGGCUCAAGACAUAUGGAGCCAGCAAGACGUAAUCCUCAAAACCUAAACAAUUCACUGCAUGUGUCAACAGGCUUGGGACAUUUACCAUCGCCUCAGCAAGAUGCAGUGAAUACCAACCAUGCACCAGUGCUAGUAAUGUGUUCUUUAAGUCAUCCACCAGUUAAUGAUACUUUUUCAGGAGCUUCUUUACCAACAUCAACACCUGCUGAGGCUACAAGUACAUUACAGAUUCCCAACCAACCCACAGAUGGAUUAGAAGAAAAGCUUGAUCCUGAUGAUCCCUCUGUGAAAGAUUUGGAUGUCAAAGACCUUGAUGGUGUUGAGGUUAAGGAUUUAGUUGAUGAGGACCUUGAAAACCUAAAUCUAGACACAGAGGAUGGAAAAGGAGAUGAGUUGGACACAUUAGAUAAUCUUGAAACUAAUGAUGGUCACCUUGAUUACCUUUUGAGAUCGGGAGAAUUUGACAUAAUCGCAUACACUGAUCCCGACCAUGAUCUGGGUGACAAAAAGGGUAUGUUUAAUGAGGAGUUGGAUCUUAAUGUUCCCAUAGAUGAUAUACAGAGCAAAGUAGAAGAUUCUCAGCAAAAACAUCAAGAUGAUAAAGCUGCCAUUUCUGCAGACUCAAUACCUCCUCAGAAAAAGCUUGCUGAGGUCAGUGAGAUUAAAACAGAAGUGCUCUCUCCAAAUACACUAGAAGAAUCAAAAUCUGAGAAUGAAAAAAGUGAUGGAAAUGUGGCAUCUUCAAGCACACAGCUUGCUACUGACGUCUUUGAUAAAGAAACAAAGUCUGUAUUGCUUUGUAAUGUGGAAUUACCUGACAAAACAACCACAAAUAAGGAAACCACUGUGUCCAGCCCAGAUGCUACUCAGGGCCCAGCUCAAAGUAUAGGAAGUUCUUGCAAUCUCUCUGGAUCCACUCCAGUUCUUACAGGUUUGCUCGCUAAUGAGAGUUCAAAAAACUCUGGCAUCAGGCCACUGGACUCCCCACCUCACCCUUUAACAGUAGCGCAAACAAACCCUGUUUCAAGUAUUCCACAAUCUUUAAUGACACCUGCUGGUCAGACCAUGGAAAAUACAUUAACACCUAAUGUGAAUGUGGUUCCACAAACCAGCCAUGGCUUCCCACAAGGGACAGCAGUAAAUCCAGGCUUUAUCUCUGGCCAGCCAGCUAAUCAUAACUUUGGGGCAGGGCAGCCUGUUAAUCCAACUGUGCCUGCUGUAAAUCGUCCUGUCCCCAGUGGUAUGUCUGGUCCCCAGCAGAUGAUGCUCCCACAGAUGUUAGCUCAGCAGCAAAAUCGGGAGAGGCCACUUCUGCUGGAAGAGCAGCCCCUUCUCUUGCAAGAUCUUUUGGAUCAAGAGAGGCAAGAGCAGCAGCAGCAGAGACAGAUGCAAGCCAUGAUUCGCCAGCGUUCAGAGCCAUUCUUCCCCAACAUUGAUUUUGAUGCAAUCACUGAUCCUAUAAUGAAAGCAAAAAUGGUGGCUCUUAAAGGGAUAAAUAAAGUAAUGGCACAGAACAAUAUGGGGAUUCCACCAAUGGUCAUGAACAGAUUUGCCUUUAUGGGCCAGGCAGUGCCCGGAACACAGAGCGGUGAAGGCCAGAAUCUCUUACAGCAAGCAGUUACACAGGAUGGAAACCUAACACCUCAGAUGUCUAGGCCGAACCCUCCAAAUUUUGGUCCUGGUUUUGUAAAUGAUUCACAUAGAAAGCAAUAUGAAGAAUGGCUGCAAGAAACACAGCAGCUACUUCAAAUGCAGCAGAAAUACCUUGAAGAGCAAAUUGGAGCACACCGAAAAUCAAAAAAAGCACUCUCUGCGAAACAGCGUACUGCAAAGAAAGCUGGUCGAGAAUUCCCUGAGGAAGAUGCAGAGCAGCUUAAGCAUGUUACUGAGCAGCAAAGUGUGGUUCAAAAACAGCUAGAACAGAUACGAAAGCAACAAAAGGAGCAUGCAGAACUCAUUGAAGAAUAUCGGAUUAAGCAACAACAAUGUGGAAUGGGACCCCAUACAAUGGUGCCUGGAAUGCCUUCCCAGUCCCCAAUGGUUCCAGGAGGAUCGCCACCAUUGGCAGUGGGUCAGCAGAAUUUCCCAAUGGCAUCACAACAGCUUCAGCAUCAACAGCAUACAAUUGUUGUUCCAGGGCAACCCAACCCUCCUAGGAUGCCAGGCUUGCCUGUGUGGCAACCUCCCAGUGCUGCCCCGACACACCUCCCCCACACUACGCCGAGGAUGCAGCCUCCCAUGACGCAAUUGCCAGUGAAUCCUGUGACACCCACCUCUGCAUCGGCUCCCAGCUCCAAUGUGCAGUCAGGGCCACCACCUCGUGUAGAGUUUGAUGACAAUAACCCAUUUAGUGAAAGCUUUCAAGAGCGUGAGCGAAAGGAGCGCUUGCGAGAGCAGCAGGAAAGGCAGAGAAUUCAGCUGAUGCAGGAGGUGGAUCGGCAGAGAGCCUUGCAGCAGAGGAUGGAAAUGGAACAACACGGCACAGUGAGCUCAGAACUGAAUGCCAGAACCUCCUUGUCUCAAAUCCCAUUCUUCAAUGCUGACCUACCUUGUGAUUUCCUGCGACCUCCUCGGCCCCUUCAACAGUCUCCACAGCAGCAAAUAGGACCCAGUUUGCAGCAAGGGCCUUUGAACUCCCCACCAGCUGCCAACUUCCCCCAAUGUAGUGAGCAGCCAUCAGUGGGCUCUUCCCCCUUUGGACCUGAGCCAUCGCCUGUUUCAGAUGGAAGCCCCACCUUCCAUGCUGUUAAACAACCCCAUGGGAAUAUCUCUGGGGCCAGCUUUACCCAGUACCAGGUUAGACCUCAGUUUGCCCCUGGUCUGCCUGCAGUUCCUUCAGUACCUGGCAGUGGUGCCCCCUGUGGUCAGGACACCAGCAUGCCCCAGGGAACAAACUUUCCCGGAACAAGUCAGUCUCUCAUUCAGUUGUAUUCUGAUAUCAUUCCAGAGGAAAAGAGCAAAAAGAAAAGAACAAGAAAAAAGAAAAAGGAGGAGGAUGCAGAGUCAGUAAACACCCCAUCGACACCUCACUCAGACAUAACUGCCCCCCCAACUCCGAUUGUUUCUGAUUUGGUCUCCACCCCAACAGUUAGUACACCUGGGGAGCUUUCACACCAUCCAGGAGAAAUGGAGGCAGAAGAGCUGCCAGGCUCAUCAACUCCAAACGCUGCAGAGAGUCAGUCUUCCUUAGAACUGAAAGGUCAACUCUCCAAUAGUGAUUUGCCACAAAACAAAUUGCCUGAGCAAUCAAGCGUAAAUCCAGAGACAGACAAGGUCAAGACAGAUGCUUCUGUGAGCGUUCAGGAAAUUAGACGGGAAAAGACAGAAGCUGAUCAGUGCCCUAGCCAAACUGAGCCUAAGAUGGAGAAUCAAAGUGGCAUUAAACUGGAAGAGGAUAAAGCUACAAAGCAGUCUUCUCCUUCUUCACAGAGUCAGGCACAACCUGCCAGCACCCCAGCAUCAAAAGGGGAAUCAGGGAAUGAACUCCUUAAACACUUGCUUAAGAACAAAAAAUCUGCCUCUCUUCUGAAUCAGAAAUCAGAUAGCAGCUUCCAGUCAGAAGAGAAUGCUGAGGAGAGCAAAUUCAUGGGAAAACGAGACCUGUUUGAAGGCAGCAUGCAGUCUUUAGGGAAUCCGUUGCAGGGUACAAUUAGAUGUGGUAACAGCCAACUUCAGAGGUUUCCUGAUUUAGGACAGGAAACGAAAAAGCAACGCAAUAAACGAACUCAGAGAACAGGUGAAAAGGCUGCACCUCGAUCUAAGAGGAGGAAAAAAGAGGAGGAAAAGCAGGCUCUUUACCCCAGCACUGAUACAUUUAUGCAGUUAAAACAGCAACUCUCUUUGCUGCCUCUAAUGGAGCCGAUAAUUGGAGUGAGUUUUGCCCACUUCCUUCCUUAUGGCAGUGGCCAUCUGAAUAGUGGAAAUCGCCUUAUGGGAAGCUUUGGUAGUGCGACACUUGAUGGGGUAUCAGAUUACUAUUCUCAGCUAAUCUACAAGAAUAACCUGAGUAAUCCGCCCACUCCUCCAGCCUCACUCCCGCCUACGCCUCCACCUGUGACUUGCCAAAAAAUGGUAAAUGGUUUUGCAACUACUGAAGAACUUGCCAGCAAGGCUGGGAUGCUGGGAGGACAUGAUGUUACCAAAGCUCUAGGACCGAAGCAAUUUCAACUACCUUUCAGAUCACAGGAUGAUCUCUUAGCCAGAGCCAUGGCUCAGGGUCCUAAAAGUGUGGAUGUUCCUGCUUCUUUACCAACUCCACCUCAUAACAAUCACGAAGAGUUAAGGGUUCAGGAUCCUGCUGAUGAUAGAGACAGUCCUGACAGUUUUGUUCCCUCCUCUUCUCCUGAGAGUGUCAUGGGCAUGGAAAUCAGUAGGUACCCUGAUCUGUCAGCAGUAAAGGAAGAGAUGCCAGAUCCUGUUCCAUCUCCCAUCAUUCCAAUCCUACCCACCAGUACUGGAAAGGGUUCAGAAACAAAAAGGAAUUAUAUCAAAACAGAGCCUGGUUCUGGCUUCUUUGGCUCUCAGUUUGUGCCUUCCCCAAAUGGUCCAAAAUCUGGCCUUGUAUCUGUAGCAAUUACCUUACAUCCCACAGCUGCAGAGAAUAUUGGCAGUGUGGUGGCUGCAUUUUCCAACCUUCUACAUGUCAGAAUUCCAAACAGUUAUGAAGUUAGCAGCUCACCAGAUGUUUCAUCCUCCAUGGGAAUGAUGAACUCUCACAGAGCAAAUCCAGGCUUUGAGUACAGACAGCACUUAUUGCUUCAUGGUUCUCAGCCAGGCACUGUGGGCCCUCAUGGAUUAACAGGGCGUUAUGGACUUAAGCAGCCUAAUGUGCCAUUUCCCCCAAGUGGUAACGUUUUGGCAGGUUAUAAGACACACAGUCCAAAUGUCACAGAUGGUUCGGUGUUGAGGCCGCAAUGGUGUUCUCAUUGUAAAGUGGUGGUUUUGGGUAGUGGCGUACGGAAAUCUUUCAAAGAUCUACCUUUCCUGAAGCAGGAUUCCAGAGAAAAGUCUGAGAUGGUAGAGAAAGACAUUGUCUUCUGUAGCAACAAUUGCUUUGUUCUUUAUUCAGCAUCCAUGCAAGCAAAAAACUCAGAUAGCAAGGAAUUGAUUACUUCCUUACAACAUGUCCCAGUAAAGGAGGUGGCCCCCAAAGUGUUCCACCAAUAUAACAACAACAUCUCUACUCUGGAUGUACACUGUCUCCCACAGCUACAGGAAAAGGUUUCUCCACCUUCAUCCCCACUCAUUACCUUUCCUCCUGCUUUUGAAGCAGCCAGAGUAGAACCUAAACCAGAUGAGCUUAAGGUAACGGUGAAGCUAAAACCUCGUUUGAGAACAAUACCCAAUGGCCUUGAUGACUGUCGACCAGUAAGUAAGAAGUGGAAAGGAAUGAAAUGGAAGAAAUGGAACAUACAGAUUGUGAUUCCCAAAGGUACCUUCAAGCCUCCUUGUGAUGAGGAGAUAGAUGAAUACCUUAAGAAACUGGGCACAACCAUUAGUCCUGAUCCUGUACCUAAGGACUACCGAAAAUGUUGCUUUUGUCAUGAAGAGGGCGAUGGGCUAACAGAUGGACCAGCCAGACUUCUUAACCUUGAUUUAGACCUCUGGGUCCAUUUGAACUGUGCUCUUUGGUCUACUGAAGUCUAUGAAACACAAGCUGGUGCCUUAAUAAAUGUGGAACUAGCCCUGCGAAGGGGCUUGCAAAUGAAAUGCAUGUUCUGUCACAAAAUGGGCGCUACCAGCGGCUGUCACAGGUUAAGGUGCACCAAUAUUUAUCACUUUACCUGUGCCAUUAAAGCACAAUGCAUGUUUUUUAAAGACAAAACUAUGCUUUGCCCCAUGCACAAACCAAAGGGAGCUCAUGAGCAAGAACUCAGCUAUUUUGCAGUCUUCAGGCGGGUCUACGUCCAACGUGAUGAAGUCCGACAGAUUGCCAGCAUAGUACAACGGGGGGAUCGUGAGCACACUUUCCGGGUGGGGAGCUUGAUCUUCCAUACGAUUGGCCAGCUGCUGCCACACCAGAUGCAGGCCUUCCACUCUUCAAAGGUGCUCUAUCCAGUUGGUUAUGAGGCCAGCCGAUUGUAUUGGAGUACAAGGUCUGCUAACUGUAGAUGUCGCUACCUAUGUUCCAUUGAAGAAAAAGAUGGCCUUCCCCUCUUUGUGAUCAGGAUUGUUGAGCACGGCCAUGAAGAUCUGGUUCUUACUGGUACAACCCCAAAAGGUGUUUGGGAUAAAAUCCUGGAGCCUGUUGCUUCUGUAAGGAAGACUUCUGAAAUGCUCCAGCUCUUCCCUGCAUACCUGAAGGGUGAAGACCUCUUUGGGUUGACGGUCUCUGCAGUGGCUAGAAUAGCUGAAUCACUUCCUGGGGUUGAGGCUUGUGAGCAUUACACCUUCCGAUAUGGCCGAAACCCACUCAUGGAGCUCCCUCUUGCCAUCAACCCCACAGGCUGUGCCCGUUCUGAGCCGAAAAUGAGCACCCAUGUCAAGAGGUUUGUGUUAAGGCCUCAUACCUUGAAUAGCACCAGCACUUCAAAGUCAUUUCAGAGCACAGUUACAGGAGAACUGAAUGCACCUUACAGUAAACAGUUUGUUCAUUCAAAGUCCUCUCAAUACCGAAAAAUGAAGACCGAAUGGAAAUCCAAUGUGUAUUUGGCACGCUCACGUAUUCAGGGCCUAGGCUUGUACGCUGCUAGAGACAUUGAAAAGCACACCAUGGUCAUUGAAUAUAUUGGAACCAUCAUCCGCAAUGAGGUAGCCAACAGGAAAGAGAAGCUUUAUGAAUCUCAGAAUCGCGGGGUGUACAUGUUCCGCAUUGACAAUGACCAUGUCAUUGAUGCCACGUUGACAGGAGGUCCUGCAAGGUAUAUUAACCAUUCCUGCGCACCAAACUGUGUGGCUGAGGUGGUAACCUUUGAGAGGGGGCAUAAGAUUAUCAUCAGCUCUAGCAGGAGAAUUCAGAAAGGGGAAGAGCUUUGUUAUGACUAUAAGUUUGAUUUUGAAGAUGACCAGCACAAGAUUCCAUGUCACUGUGGAGCGGUAAACUGCCGAAAAUGGAUGAACUAGAUGCAUUCCUUGCUGUCUCCGAGGGUUGCUUGUCCCAAGGAAGAAGUGAUUUUGAUUUUAUUGAUUUGCAGGGUGGGGGGAUGUGAAAGUAAUCGCUUCUGUUAAGUUACACAUUCUGCACCAGUGGCAAAAGCAAGCACCAGAAGCAAGCUGGGCAAACGUGGAGCUGCGCGGCUUCCCAGGCACACAGAGGUGAAACUGAUCUCCAGACCGGUCCAGCACUUUUGAUUUUAUGAACUCACUAAGGAGAAAUAGUUGAACUUGAGCAGAGAAGCUGUGGCUGACCUGCUAAAGGGCAGUGGAGCAUCAAUGAAUGUAGACUGAAAUCACCAGCGAAAGGGGGACGUCCAAAGUGCUGGCCACAGCCUUACUUAUUAAAAGGGGCAGGCCCUCUAAAUACAGAAAAAAAAUUAAAGUAGACACCACUGAACAAGGAAUGUACUGAAAUGACUUCCUUAGGGAUAGAGCUAAGGGAAAAAUAACUUGCACUAAAAUACAUUUAAAAUACUUGAUUCCAUGAGUCAGUUUAUUGUAGUUUUUGAUUUCUGUAAAAUAAGAGAAACUUUUUGUAUUUAUUAUUGAAAUAAGUGAAUGAAGCUAUUUUUAAAAGGAAAAGUUAGAAGCCAAGCUGCUGCUGUUACCUGCAGAACUAACAAACCCUGUUACUUUGUAUAAAAGUGUAAAUAUUUUGAGAAAAAAAGUACAGUAUAAAAAAAAAUAGUAAUUGACCAAAUGCUACCAGACUCUGCAGCAGUUCGGGUGCUUAUUAUACAAUUUUGAUAGGGAUGUUACAAUAUGAUCUCAUGUAUUAUUAAACAUGCCAUUACAAUUGUUAUGGAAUAACCAAAAUCUCAAUUUAAAGAGAGGUUUUACUUUAUUUUUUAAAUCUUUAAAGCAGGCUCAAUUGUGCUCAAAUAACUUUUUAAAGUAACCCUUGACUGGUAGAAAGCAUGUAUAUUACAAUUAUGACUUUUGUAGAUGUCUGAGGAAAUUUAGACUGACUGAUUUAUUUUAUUUGUAUUAUAUUGUUACAUCCCUAUUUCUUAAAUCAGGUUUUUUUGUGCUUAGGAUUUGUGAUAACUGUGAAUAACUGCUAAAACCACCCAAAAUAGAAGCUGAACACUGAUUUUCUUUUCCAGCAAAAAGUAGUGGAGAUUAGAUGACUGUUCAGCUUACACUAAAAUCAUGUCAUGAAAUAGAAAUGUGUAGUGAGAGCGUAAGUCUAAUACAAUAGCUGCCUUCUUUAAAAGUAAAAACAAGGAAAAAUAGAUGUAAUUGUGCUUUCAGCUGCAGGACUCUGGCAAUAGGGUUUUGGAAAAUGUAAUUUAAAAAUGUGUUUGUAUGGAUUGUUUUGUUUACAUUUCUUUCAAAAAAUAAACACUGUUUGUGUUUGCUUGUAGAAACCUAAUCAACAUUUUGAACCAGGUUAGUUUUUUAUUUUGUACUUUAAAUUCUGGUACUGACACUUCACAGUCUAAAUAUUAAAAAAAAUGAAGUUUUUUGUGUGCACAGCUAAAGUGGACUGUACAACUGUUGGUAUAUUCAGUGAUACAGCUCUGAACUUGUAAUGUAUAUGGCAUGAUGUAUUUUUAUCUUACAGAAUAAAUCAAUUGUAUAUAUUUUUCUCUUGAUAAAUAGCUGUAUGAAAUUGUUUCUUGAAUAUUUUUCUUCUCUUGUACAAUAUUCCAACAUCCUACCAGUAUUUGUCCUACAGGUUUUUUCUGUUCUGUAUAAUAGUUAUCUAAUGUUGGCAAAAAAAUAUGAAUUUUUGAAGUAUACAGAGUGUUAUGGGCUUUGUGGAAACAGAUUUAGAAGAUCAGCAUUUACAAAUAAAAUAUUUUACAUCUAUAAA